CCCCCUUGGAUAAUCGCCCCACAGUUGACAAAAACGAAGAAGAAGAAUGAACCGCUCACACACUCGAUAGCGUGUGGCGGUGUCAAACGCUUUGCAUCCCACCGUAGGCCGGGACCCGGACCCUGGGCGUGGACAGUGUAGGCCGCUAACAUGACCGAAAAAAAAAAGAUACCGCAAGGGGACCGCUCCGUGUGGGCCACCAGCCGGGUGAGAGCGUUUCCAUCCAUCCAUCCAUCCAUCCGCCCGCGUGGACGGGUUGAUCAAAUUUGGUGCGUCCGGCGUGGCGUAGUGCGGAGGAUUUGGUGUGUCUUUGCUCCGGUUUCCCGCGCACGGUACGCUGUCUUCACACUUUCGCUAGGCGCGUCAGUACGGUGCGGCACUGCGCCAGUAGACGCGGCCAAACCGAGCGGCACGGAUCGCAUCCAGCGGACAGCGUGACAUCCAGCAGCUCCACCACUGGCGAUGGUUGUAAUUGGCGUAAUCACGCGCAAGCACACGCAUACAUCUAGCGCGCGUCGGUCAGCUGUUUCACCGCGGUUUCACGAUAUCGGACCGGCAAUUAAUCGUACACUGCCGCACCACACCACAGUGAGCGAGGCGCGAGUGAUAAGAACGGAUGGAAAGAAAGUGUGUUAGAAGUUGAGUGAAUCAAUUCCUGGGCGCAGUCUGGGUAUACACGCGGUUCGAAAUGGGGUCUCGGUUAAGCGAUGGAAAAUGUGCCGUUUGGAUAUCAGUGCAGUGCUUGUGUCUGUUUUGAAGCGAGUGGCCUCUAAUCCUUUAGUUCAUGCUGAGAUCACAUAAUAUUGAUCGAUCAAUCGCAGCAGCUAGUGAAAUGCUCAGUUUGUCACCUGCUAAGGAUGCAGCACAAAACCCUUGCAGCAGCCCUAGUGGGAUGAAAAGGUGGUUUUUUAAAAUAAGAACCAUUUCCCAGUGCAACUCUUCUCACACGAUUAAACCCACCGAAAAGCACAAGUAAGCCAUGAGUUAGUUCGUUUGGUGUCACCGUAUUCGUGUCCGUAGGUUUUGUCAGACCGUCGCGUAUUACCCUCCCCGUUCUCGUAAGGGUAGCAGUUAAUCAUAGCCGCACAUCCGGUCGUUGUGUGCUCGCUCGCUGACGCGUUUCUCGCCUUGUGAGAUGCGAUUAUUCGCCAGCUAACAGCGUUCUAAGCACAUGCAGUUUUGAUGGCGGAGCGAUCAGAAAGCUGGCUGCGUGUUUGUUUAGCAACCAAGUAUGUGCUGGGUGUGUGUGUUGGCACCAAUCCGUGUUUAGUUUGUCUUAGAGAAGUGCAUGCAUGUAAGUGAAGAAUUGAAGUGUCUGUAUGCUUGUUUGCGUUUUUUUAUUGCGUUAGCGCCGCAAGUGUGUUAGGCAUCCGUCAAUUAUACAAAUGUGUGAAAAUGUGUUUUUACCGUAGUUGAUUCUUUGUGAUUAAAUAUUCUCUAAAAUAUAGAGCUUAGAGGAUAGAGUUAUUUUAAGCUAAAACAUAUCAUGCUGUGAGGAUAAAUCAAUAACAACAAAAGUGAAGAAAAACAGAAUUAAAUAUACUCCUUGGAAGAAUCGCAACCGUCAAUUGUGACUUAUUCUUCUCCCGCCAAAUUGCUAGAUCGCAGGCCGCCUUUGACAAAUAUUUUACAAGUGCUUCGAAUCCCAGGCGUUAAAUUGUGUUCACUGCUGUUCACCUCAUUACAAUUGCGCCAACCGUUGCCGUUCAUACAUCAGCCUUAGGCUUAUUGAAUUCAAUGUUCCUCAACGUGAUUGAGUACGAAGUGUGUGAAGUGUGUGUUGGUGACUAGGAGCGAUUAAAACAGUUAUUGUUUGUGGAAAAAGAAAAUAUCAUUUAUUCAAGUGCAACAAGUGUGGUGUUGAAUAUAUUGAGAGUAAUUAUAAAAUAGAAAAAAGUGUAUACAAUUGUAUCAAACUAAGCAGAAAAAAAGCUUUGUCAUGCCUGCGUAGUUCCAAUUACGGUGUAUAUUGAUUAGAAUUAUCUGCUCAAAGCGUGCUGCUGCGCGUAUGUGUUUCCGAGUUCGACAUGGUGCGCGUGUGUGUAGUGCCGUCUAGUGUAAGCGUGUAAUUGUUCAUCGCGCUAAUGGAGUGUUUAUCAUUUUUCGUUGCCUUGUUUUGUCCUUGUUUUGUUUCGUUUUGUUUUUCCGUCGCCCGUUCGAUCCGUCCCGUCGCCCCGUGCCGUGCGUGUCAGUGCAUCGACGGCAGAGAAAAUGUUAGCUAUGCGUCGUGAAAGUGAACCCAUCUAUGGUAGUGCCAGUGCAACGACCAACUACAACAAUCUGCUGCAUCACCACGGGCAACACCAUAACGGUCACCAUCUGCAGGCGGUACAGUCGCCGUCAGGACAGUCAGGACAUCCCACCAACGGUACUGCGGCCGAACCAUCGGUCAGAGCUCAUCCAGCCGAGAACGGCACACUCGGGGAGACCGAUCCCGGUGGGCUGGGUGCGUUCCAGGGACAUCACCAGCAGCAGCACCAACAGCACCAGCAGCAGCAACUGUUGCAGCAACAGCAACAGCUAGCAGAUCAUCAGCAAACGUUGUCUCAUCAACACCAUCACCAUAGCCACCGGUCAGCGUUGUCCCCAGCAACGACGGUCAGCUUUGGCGGAUUGCCCGGCCUCUGCAACGGGUCGUCAUCGUACGCCGGGUACACCAGCUUCGGAUUGAACUCUUCCAGUUCCGGACGGUCCACACACCCGGCGGCAUCCAGUCUCGACGAGUACGUGGACAUCCUGCAGGUCCAGCAGCUGCUGCUGGAGAACUCUUCCACUCCGUCCGGCUCCACGAGCAGCUCGACGGUGGCGAGCAUAACAACGGCAUCCGGUACCUCCACCACCACCACCACCUCCUCCUCCUCAUCCUCCAACCCCUCCUCCUCCUCCUCCUCCUCCACCUCCACCUCAUCCACAACCAUCCCUUCGACGGCGUCCCAACACAUCCCGCCCGUGUCCACCGUACCCUUCUUUGCACCCUCGUCCGCUCCCUCCACCUCGACGGCGGCACUUCACGCAAAAAACCGUCCAAAAGUGAAUCUUCAGAAAGCGGCCGACUUCUCUGCAGCAGCGGCAGCGGCGGCGGCAGCAGCAGCGGCAGCGAACCAACUGCAAGGCGAUUCACCCUCCAAAAGACUGCUCUUUGAUUACCCGAGCCCAUAUUUGUAUGGUAAUUAUCAUCCGUCGCCGAGUGACGAUCUGGUCGCUUUAUGGUUCGGAAGUAACGGAACAGGUGGCGUUGCCCCUGGACCACCAGCAGCUGCCAUGAUCAUGGAAGGGCUAGAAACGUUGGUUGCGCCAUCGCAUCACACAUUCCUGCUGACCGAGUCGGCGGCCGCAGCACACUUCAACGUGCUGAGCUUCGAUACGUGCGGUCUGUUCAAGACCGGCACCACCACCACCUCGCUCGGGCUGAACAACAACAGCACGACGACACCGAACAACAAUCACCAUCACCACCUGUACCAUCCGUACCAUCACCAGACGGCCGUCAGCACUGCGACCGCGCUUACCCAUCAUCAGCCCCAUCAUCAUCAUCAUCAGCAUCAUUCGACAACCCAGCAUCAGCAGCAGCAGCAGCAGCAGCAACAUCAGCACAAUUCAUCCGCCAGCACGAUCGUGUCAUCGUCGGCCGUCUCGUCGGCGAUCGCCAGCGCGGCCAGCUCGACCGCGAUCACUACGCACACGACCGCGACGACGAGUGUGACCGCGGCGUCCCAUACGUCGCACGGCCACAGCCACCAUCAUCCUAACCAUCCGCACCUGAGCCUGCUGAGUACGGGCGGCGGCGGUAGCACCAGCCACCACUCGAACGACAGCUCCACCCUGCACUCCGGCACCGGUGACGAUCAUUCGCAAUCGCAAACCGACGCACAGGCCGGCGAUCUCAACACACCCGUCACCACCUCCGGCGACAUUCCGUCGUUCUUCGGACCGUCGACUGUUGUGGAGCCACCACCGAUUACCGGAUCAAUCGAAUCGGACGAUCUCUCGCUGGAACCCCAGACGGUGUCCAGCCCGUGCGUUAGCCUGUGCAGUCCCACCAAGCAGGAGCGCAGCACACCGCAAUCGAUCGUCAACGAGGAAGAGGCUAGCAAUACCAGCAGCACCAACACCAUGUACCCGUCGUCCGGUGCUCAGCAGCAGCAGCAGCAACAACAACAGCAGCAACAACAGCAGCAACAACAGCAACAUUCACUUCACGGCCAGAUACGUGUUGCCGGGCUGGCCAGCGUCACGGGUGGCGCCGACAUGCAGCACGGCAGCAACGACGGUGUCCAGUCGUCCGAUGCGAUCGAGAACAAGAUCGCCUACCGGGGCAUCUUCACGUCGAGCGGCAGCCCGAGCAUGGGCCUGCAGGCGGGCAACGUGAUGGCGGGCGCAGGUCAGAUGUCACCGACCGCCGGACUGGGCGGCUGGGGUUUGCCCAGCCCCGACAAGACCCUCUUCCAGGCGCCCAUGUUCGGGCUGCUCGGACCGCAGGCGACCAGCGCGUCCCAGGGUGUGUCGGCCACCUCGCCCUCGAUCGGGCAGCACCAUCAGCACCACUACGGGGGGGACGAGCGGGGGCACACCGGGGCCGGCCACGGCGGCGGUCACGGUGCCGAACUGCUCGGCCUCAACAUGGACUGUGCGAGCAUCAUCCUGAAGCAGCCGCCGAGCUACAACAGCUGUGUCGGUUCGCUCGACAUGCAGCAGGGCCAGGAUAUGCACGGGUACGGGCGGCCGGGUCAGGGCGCCGGGCUGGGACAGCAGAUGAGCCAGAAGUACCAGUGGCUGGACUCGCCGGUCGACCCGUACGUCGGCAGCCCGCAGCACGGUUCGGUCGUCCUGCCCGGACCCUCGUCCACGCCCAUCUCGGUGGGGCCGAUCAUUCCGAAGCAGGAGCCGUACUCGACGCCGAACGCCUGCACGUCCGACUCGAGCCAGCUCGGGGGGCUGACACCGGCCCAGGCCGCCCAGCAGGCCCAGUAUGCCGUCCAGCUGGCCGAGUACAAUCAGGCCACCAGCAAGGGCCACGAGAUCCUGUCCCAGGUCUACCAGCAGAGCACGAUGCCGCUCAAGCUGGUGCCGGUGAAGCCGCGCAAGUACCCGAACCGGCCGAGCAAGACGCCCGUGCACGAGCGCCCCUACGCCUGCCCGGUGGAGAACUGUGACCGACGGUUCUCGCGCUCGGACGAGCUGACCCGCCACAUCCGGAUCCACACCGGCCAGAAACCGUUCCAGUGUCGGAUCUGCAUGCGCUCGUUCAGCCGCUCCGACCACCUGACGACGCACAUCCGCACGCACACCGGGGAGAAGCCGUUCUCGUGCGACAUCUGCGGCCGCAAGUUUGCCCGCUCGGACGAGAAGAAGCGCCACGCCAAGGUGCAUCUGAAGCAGCGCAUCAAGAAGGAGAAAAACUCGAGCAGCGGAGGCAACAGUGCCAACAGCAACAACAGUAGUGCGUCCGCCGCCCACCAUACCCACCACGCUCAGCAGCAGCAGCAGCAGCAGCAGCAGCAACAACACCACCAUCAGCAGCAGCAACAACACCAUCAGCAGCUCGGCCACCAUCCGGGACAUCCGGGGCUGCACGCGCACCACCUACUUACGCACGACGACCUCACCGGUAUUCCGAUCGUGUCGUCCUCGUCGAACCCGGCCAACAGCAGCUUGUAGACCGAGCUUUCGUCGAUCGAUAUUAUGCGAUUGAAUGAUCCCCAGAUCGAGCUAGUCCACGACGAUCCCUUCAUGGGCUACAUCAACGAAGAUACCACCGCCGAUGCCGAUGGUGACGAAGAGCAACCGCAACAACUGAUGGACACCGACAUCAAUGAUCUGGACGAGGAGGAGCUAGAUGUGGGCGAAAACAGUCGAACGGAGGCUAUUUCUAGUAUUCAAAAAGUGCCCACCGCUCCCUCGGCCCGAACAGUGACGGUUCAUGCGUCGGUGGAGCAGUCCACUACCGCCACCACCACCGGCAGACAACCGUAUGUGAUUGUUUUACUGAUGGAGUAAGGUACAGGUACACCUUCAGCCACAGCCAGUAUACGAGAUGCAGCAUCCACUUCCGCUUUACUGCAGUGCCAUAGGUCGUGGUCGUCCGCCAUCUACCGCCAUCAUCGCCGCAUCUUUGCCAAGCUCAAGGAUCGCAGCCACUUCACCGGAACAAAAAAUGCAAGUGAGAACAAUUCCAAACCGCACAAUACCGUUUGACGAAAUAGUAACUCAACAUCCGUACGCUCGUACGCAAAUGCAAUAGCGCAGUAUGAAUUAGCUGAAUUAGAACAACAGACAAAACUUUCCACAUAGAACAUUUUUGAUACAUCUCUACGUAGUUCAACGUAAGCGUUCAGAAGAUUGCCGUUUGCACCACAAUCUCACACACUCACAGCAGUAUUUAAAUGUCAAUGCAACACUCUUGCACCUUCAAUGUCUCUCCACACGGCACCAAAACAAACUCCGAUCACUUCGAUUCUAACUCUGUCCGCAAAACGCCAAAACCGCCAAUGAUCGCAUGCGAAUUGCAAUGCCUUGUGCCGGUUCUUCGCGUUCCCGGGCUAUGUGUAUGUGUGAUUGAGAGUGUUAAGUGUUUUUCGCUCAUCACCAACAGCACCUCGUUGUAAUGAAUCUUACUUUCGUCAGUUGUGUGCGGUUCCUCCAAAGGGUAUCAUCAUCCAUGAUUAAACGCAAAUCGCGGCAGCAUCGGGCCGCAGGUAACGAGAUGGGUCGUUGUAGUAGCCCUGUUUUGUUUUCUUAUCUCCUUAUAUCUCUUAGAAUACUGUGAUCUCAUUUUUUGCGUGCAUAGAAGCCACAACGAAACAAAAGUAACAGAAGAGAAACAAAACACGAAAAACUCAAAUCGAACAUCCUGACGGCAAAGGGGAGACAAAAAAAAUAUAAGAAAACUACACACAAAAAAAAUCUAUUUAAAAAGAAAAAAAAGUAAAACACGGAGCGGCCUCAGAGAGCAGAAUGGUAAAGGAAAAACAAACACACGAAGGGAACGAAAAAUCGAGCUAAGCUGCAUACUAUAAGUAUUGCCUUUCAGUAGGUAAUCUAACAAAUUGAUUAAAAUUUACAUACAACCUAAGGUCAACAUGGUGGUGUAGUCGUAAGCACACCGUUACGUUAGUAGGUAACAUGACGUUACAAACCUAUCAGUGUAAUUCCUCCCCUUUCUCCCCUCUGUACCCCUUAAGCGCACCUAACAUGUGUCAGCGCGCGCGUGUGUGUGAGUGUAUGAAUGAAUGUGUCUCACUUGAAUCUUUCACAAUCGCACCCAUUUUUUCCACCGGUUUAGAUGCAUGUCAAAAGGGUGAUGUUUAGCAUCUCCCUUCUUUCUUUGGUGUUUGAGCUAAGGAAAUUCCCGUCAGGAAAUUUACACAUACAAAAAAAAUUAUCAUUUUUUAGAUGUUGAAUUGCUGUACCAUCAUUAUCAAAUCUUAGGCAUCUGGCUUGGGAAAUGAUUCUGAAAGAGGAGGUGCGCGUGUAACAAUUACAAUUUGCUCGUAGCACGAACUCUCCUUCAAACACCGUUCCCAGGCAAGUCAAAAAGGGAGAAUUUGUGAGAGGAAUGAUAAGUGAAUGAUCACACAGAGCGAUACCACUAGGUAGGGAAGUAAGUGUAAGUGAAAUUUAUUUGUUAAGGCGUAAGGCAGAAAUCAGAUUUUAGACGUAAUAGAAGUGCAAGAUGUUAAGAUAAGAAAAUUACUUGUGCGCAGAUCAGCAAGUAACUGAAGCUGAAAAUCAAUGUAGCUAGGAUGCAUUUGUUUUUCUUGUUAUCUAUAAUACGAAAAGGGGAAAGAAUAUGAUUCUCAUAACUAAGCAGAUGAAGGAGCGGAAAACAAUUCUAGCGUGUAGUAUUUAACAACAACAAAAAAACAAAUCUAAACGAAAUUGGGCUACAGAAAACAGGCAAUUGAAAUGUAACUAAAACCACUAGAUUAUGGAACUGAAAGAUACAAAACACACGAACAGAAAAUAACAUGCUUCUUGCUUCUUUCAGUAAUAUUGGUUUACACAACAAAACAGGAUUCCCAUUGACUGUUAGACAUCAGUUGGAUCAUUUUCGGAAGUGCGUUCCUUUUAUGUUUCGUUAAUUUGAUUAAGUUUAGCUUUAUGCUUUCUGUAUAGUGUGUAUAGUGUGUAGCUGCUACUCGUCGCAUUUCGUGCAUCAUGUCGUUAACAUUACUAAUGAUUGUGUUUACUCAUCGCAACACACACACACGUGUAAACUAACGGAUCAGCCACCUACUGGAACACAAUCGCGCUGAUGUAAAACAAAUAGUGCUACUGUAGAACUCCAUAAACCGUGCAACUGUGCUGCCAUAUUAAGAUAUCCUUUACCACCAACAGAGUCCCAGUGUAUCUGUGUUCGGUGUGUUUUUUGUUACAUUUUCCUUUGAUAUUCCUCUACUUAUCCCACCUUUUUUCUGUACUUUAAAUAGCUCAAGCUCUUUGUUUCCUUUUCUCAAUACCAUUUUCUACGAAACUUUUAUUCUUUUCUGUCCAGUGAAUGUACAUACCUGUGUAGCUUGGUAAUGUCAUAUGUGUGUCUGUUUUAUAUGUGUAUUUUUGUUUUAUUUGUUUGCUGUACAUAACAGUUUAAUUGUAUUUGCCGUGUUGUCCGCCCAACAAAUGUAUGUUGCACCCUGUUUCUGACAGUGCCAUCCGUACCGAUCAAAGCCACGUGCGUUUGCGAUAAGGUGUAAUCGUGAUGCGUUUAUCCUAUCCAUCGUACGCCGUGCUUUGAGCUUAAGUCAUUAGGAGUCAGCACGCCACGCUGCAUAAACUAAAUCAUGCACUGUUAUGCAGUCAGCAAUGCUGGUCUAUCGUGAAAGUAUUUUGUUCUUGUCUCUCCUAUUCCGGACAUUAUGGAGCUAGUCGCGCUAAUACACGCUUGUUUUUCAUUCAUUUGUUUGCAUUUAUAAUACCUGGGGGUACAAUGCAACGCAAAGACUCAACUAGCACAGCAAGCUUUAGGUAAUGAUUUUUUUUUUGUUCUGUCUGUAGUGUACGCAAAGGCGCCUCUUUACUAAUCUGUGGUAACGUUUGCACAAAUACACAAACAAAUACAAGCAAAGAUGAUACUAAGCGUAAUAUUAGUGGUAUAUUUUGAAAACAAUUUUAUUAAUUGCUUUAAUAAAUUAAACAUACAUCCUAGGAUUUAUAACGGCCAUGCAGCAUCAACGUAACUGUUGUAUCUUUUGUUUUCCGUCUUCCUCUUUCGAUCUAACCAUUACUAAACGAUGCUAAUGAAAAAAAGGUUUGUUUUGCAUUUUUGUAAACGGCUCUAGGCAGUAACGGUUCAAACUAUGAGUUGCUCUUUUUUACGUGUUUCGUGUCAAAUUUGCUGUAAGCGUGUAUCUGUACGCUUUUCAUAUCAGUUUUGCUGAUUUCCAUCCCAUCGGAUUGUUGUGUAGAAUGUCAAUGCGUGGCAUAAACAAAAAACAUAUAUCUGUAGUACUUUUUUAUAAUUUAUAAUACUUACCCCGGCGGGGGUAUCGAACGUAUAAGCGGAAGCGAAACUCAACAAACGAGUACGAAUGAAAACUAGCAAAGGAAAGAGCAAACACAUAUUUCUAAUAAAUAAAAAAAGAAUAAAAAUAAGAAUACAUUCCACAA